AUGGGAGGGGAAGCAAUUGUCGGACCCGCCCUUUCAGGCCAGUUCUAUGCUGGAACCGGAAAGCAGUACAACUUCGGCAGCGUAUCGGGAGAGAAGAUCUACAUGGGUACUGGAGAUGUCCAGGUGUUCUCGACAUUACCCUUUGCGAAAAGCGCUUGCUUCAACUCCCGGGAAAGGGAGCAUGACUCGUUCUGCCUGGAGGGCACUCGCGUGGAUUUAUUGAAGGACAUAGCAGAAUGGAUUGAUGCGGACCAUGACGAGGGUAUCUUUUGGCUGAGUGGAAUGGCAGGGACUGGAAAGACCACAGUUGCUCGCACAGUGGCUCGAAACUAUGAUCAGCAGUCGCGGCUGGCUGCGAGCUUUUUCUUUACAGACGAGAAUGGUGAUGCUAAUAGUGCGGACAUCUUUGCAUCAGCCGUUGCUUGUCAGCUGGCCAGCUUCGAUACAAGCAUGAAAAAUGCUAUUCAGGAUGUGUUGGAACGAUGCCCACUUUUACCCUAUCAAGGGUUGUCAGAACAGUGGACACGACUUGUGAAAGAGCCACUUGCUGCAUUCACAAAGAAGCCGAAUCAGAAUCCAUUACUGAUUGUGGUCGAUGGCUUGGACUUGUGUCCUGAGAAGAAUGAUCAACGCUUGAUUCUUCGUCUUCUAUCCAGUAUCACUCACGAUUGCGAAAAUAAGGUGAUCGUGUUUCUGGCGAGUAGACCAGAGUCCGCCAUUCGGUCAGAGCUUUCCGGAAUACGUCAUAAGACGUUAAGAUUACAGGAUAUUAAUCGCAGAAUCGUUGACUCGGAUAUAAAAUUGUUAUUGAACCAUGAAAUUGGCAAAAUUAUGGCCCCCUUCGAACCGUUCGAAACAAAGUCUCUAUGGGGCUCAGGGAUCAUUCCGACUUUCGUCAUUUUUGCUCGUGGCCUCUUCCUUUGGGCUGCCACUGCUUGUCAAUACAUCCGAAAUGCUAAAACACCCCAAAUUGUCUUGCAGAGACUGAGAAAUAUAGAUGCAGAACGGCCGGAAAAGGGAACACCAAUUGAAGUGCUGUACAAAAUAUAUACUAGCAUCUUGGAUGACUCCGUCAAUGAUGCCUGGGAUGAACAUGAAAAAGCCACCUACUGGAACUCCACUCGACGAAUAUUAUGCGCUAUUACUUACAACCGUGGCAUGUUAUCGAAGCCUGCUUUGGCAAACUUGAUACAAAUGGAUGACAUUGACUCCAUGUUGGAAGACUUGCAUUCUAUUAUCAGAAUACCUGAGGAUAAUAACAAACAAAUAGGCUUCCUUCAUAUCUCCCUGCACAAGUUUGUCACCACCAUGGAGCAUCCAAGCCUUUAUUUAACGCCACAACAGAGCCAUUCUAUGCUGGCGGAUACUUGCCUUGACCUCCUCAAUGAGGCAUGUGGGCAAGAUAGUGGCAAGCUACAGAAUGGAGCAGAGCCGAAGACACAGAAAGUGUCCCAAGCGCUGCAGUAUGCGUGCACCAAGUGGGUAGAUCAUCUUUGCGAUGGAGAGGAAUCGCUGCCACGAAACAGUAAAGCAUUCGUGUUUUUAAAAACACAUGGUAAGAGUUGGACUAAACUACUAAUCUUAAGUGGCCAGGGAUUUUUGGUGGAACGCCUGGGAGAUAGACUUGUGGAAAUGAUUGUGAGUGACAUUUCGAGCGCAGAACCUAAGCCACCAGGUUAUCUUGCUAAUCCUGGAUAG